AUGGGGAAGCCUGGUGAAGAAGUAGACACAUUUGUCAGACUUGAUGACAAGAUUUUAUGGAUUUCCAUGGCAACAAUUAUCUUUAAUCCUCUGUUUUGGAAUGUGGUCGCUAGAUUAGAAUACAGACACCACAUAAUAUCUUCAAUAUUCGGGGGCCCAAGAAAGGGUUGUGUUUUUCUGGCCAUAACUAUUGUAGGACUAGGAUUUUUCAGGGAUUGGUGGUUUAAACUUGCUUGUGACAGUCAGCCAGAGUGGCCAUUCCUGUAUGACAACAACUUCCUGUUACUGGGCUAUAGCUGUAUUCUGAUUGGUUCCCUGCUUGUGUUCUCUAGCUACUGGGCUUUAGGUUUCUAUGGAACCUUUCUAGGUGACUAUUUUGGAAUAUUAAUGGACGCUAAAGUGACAGAUUUUCCAUUUAAUGUAAUAGACAAUCCUAUGUACUGGGGGUCUACUCUUAUAUUUGGAGGAACUGCAAUAGUGAAAGCUAGUCAAGCUGGUUUGUUAUUAACAUGCCUUGUCGGACUGAUCUACAAAGUAGCCCUCUUCUUUGAGGGUCCAUUUACAAAAGAUAUCUACAGAAAAAGUGAUAAAACAGCCUAGAGACUUUAUACCAAGAAAAGGGCAGCAGGAAAGAAAAGCCUGAGUAAAUGUAUCUCCAAACAGUGAAGAGUUUCUGAUGAGGGAAGUGUUUUAAAAGUUCAGUUUGACUAUGUAAAUGUGCGUGGUUGUUUCUAUUGUAAAUAUGUAUAUCAUAAUGUAUUAAGUAUUUAUUUACUCCAUGGUUGCAGAUCAUUAUUAAAAUAUGUGUUACUUUGUCA